AGCUCAAGCAACCUCCACUCGCCACAAAAAAGCGCGUGCCCUCACUCUCUGCCAUGACCUCUUGUCUCCAUUCACUCCCUCAUCACCACAUUCAAAUUCGUUUCUUCCUUAAACACCACUUUCAUCUCCCUCAUUCAUUCAAACACAACACAACACAAAGUGUCACAAACACACACUCCAAAACUCAAAUCUCGCCUCACCUCUCUUGUUCUCGUUCCCCCACCCCACUCCCUCAUUUUCCUUCCUCUACCCCCAUUUUUCUCUAACCACCCCUCACACACUUCACUUACACAUAGAGAGAGAGAAAGUUCGGUGCUUUUGUAUAGAAUCAUCACCCCAUUACCCUGCAUUCACCAUUUCAUGCAUUGAUUCUAUCUGGGAUCUCUCUCAAAAGAAAAAAAAGAAAAACCCCUCUUUGAUAAUGGACACCACUUCAUCCCCUAUGUCCCUCCAAACCCAAAAAACAAACUUUCAAGACCUUCCAGAAGCUUCCCCCAAGCCAUACAAGAAGGGUAUAGUGGCCACCCUAAUGGGAGGAGCUGGUUCCUUCAAAGAAGACAACUAUUUUGUGUCCCUUCUGAGAUCCUCAGAGAAAAAGGCCCUUCAGGAGCUAAAAGAAAAGCUCAAGUCUUCAUUUGAGGACUCUCCCUCUGAUGCCUCCAUGUGGGGCAUUCCGCUCCUUGGAGGCGAUGACAAAGCUGACGUCAUCCUCCUCAAGUUCCUCAGAGCAAGGGACUUCAGGAUUGGUGAUGCACACCACAUGCUCCUGAAGUGUUUAUCUUGGAGGAAGGAGUUUGGUGCUGACACCAUCUUGGAAGAGGAUUUAGGGUUCAAUAAGGAGCUUGAAGGGGUGGUGGCAUACAUGCAAGGGUAUGACAAAGAAGGCCACCCUGUGUGCUACAAUGCCUAUGGGGUGUUCAAGGACAAGGAAAUGUAUGAAAGGGUCUUUGGUGAUGAGGAGAAGCUGAAGAAGUUCCUAAGGUGGAGGGUUCAGGUUCUUGAGAGAGGCAUCAAGGUGCUUCAUUUCAAGCCUGGUGGGGUCAAUUCCCUCAUUCAGGUCACAGACCUCAAGGACAUGCCAAAGAGAGAGCUUAGGGUGGCGUCCAACCAGAUCCUCUCCUUGUUCCAAGACAACUACCCGGAAAUGGUGGCUCGCAAGAUUUUCAUCAACGUGCCAUGGUACUUCAGCAUGUUGUAUUCAAUGUUCAGCCCGUUUCUGACUCAGAGAACCAAGAGCAAGUUUGUGAUCUCUAAGGAAGGAAAUGCUGCUGAGACACUCUACAAAUUUAUGAGACCUGAAGACAUUCCUGUGCAGUAUGGAGGACUGAAUCGGCCCAGUGACUUGCAGAAUGGUCCCCCAAAACCUGUAUCUGAGUUCAGAAUCAAAGGAGGGGAGAAAGUGAACAUACAAAUAGAAGGAAUUGAGGCUGGUGCAACUAUCACAUGGGACAUUGUAGUGGGAGGCUGGGACUUGGAAUACAGUGCUGAGUUUGUGCCAAAUGCUGAGGGAAGCUACACCAUAGCAGUGGAGAAGCCAAGGAAAAUGGGGGCAUCGGAGGAAGCAAUCCACAACUCAUUCACAUCAAAAGAAUCUGGCAAAAUGGUGCUCUCAGUUGACAACACUGCCUCAAGGAGGAAAAAGGUUGCUGCUUAUCGCUAUGUUGUACGCAAAAGCAGCACCAUUUGAGAAUGGCCAUUAUUAUCUAGGACCUUUUUAUUAAUAUAUAUAUAUAUAUCUUGUUUGUGAUUUCUACCUUUUUUUGGUUAAAUUUUUAGAGGGUCUUAUUUAUGCUUCUGAACUAAUUAAAAGCCUGUUUCACAGGUAUUAACUAGUAAUAGUGGUGGUACUAAUGUGAUGUAAAAAAAGAGAAAACUGGUGGUGGUAUAGGCUUGGUAUAGAAGGAAAGCAAUUAAGUUUGCUUAUAUAGCAUUACCAAAUUACUAUUUGUUGUCCCUCACGUUGUGGUGACUCUUGUUGCAAGUGUGUGUGUGACCAUUGAUUGUAUUAUUUUUGUCCUUUGUGACACGUGUUUAUUGUGUAUGUUGCAAUCUAGAGGCAUCAUCACUUUGUGAAGGAGCAAUCUAUGGUUUAUUUAUUUA